AUGGAAAAUCAACGCGUAUACAACGACGUUCAAGAACACUAUGGCCUGGCAGCUAGAACCAGUGACGAUAAUGCCUACAGCCGUAAAGUGGCAGAGGCCUUUGGAUACAGCGAAGCAGAGCUAGCAAAUACUCCUGCAAAUGCCAACCUCGGGUUGAGCUGCGGGAAUCCGCUGGCACUUGCAAACUUGAAAGAGGGAGAAUGCGUGGUUGAUCUAGGCAGCGGCGCCGGCUUCGACGUCUUCCUAGCUGCCAAAGUUGUUGGAUCUGCCGGCAAAGUCAUUGGAGUAGACAUGAACAAGGUAAGUAAUGCAGGUCCUGAUAUGCUCGAGAGAGCAAACAAGAACAAGGAAGACGCAAAAGCAGACAAUGUCUCCUUCGUGGACUCUCAGAUUACAGCCAUCAACCUCCCUGACUUGGUUGCCGACUGUAUCAUUAGCAACUGUGUGGUGAACCUCGUCCCCGAAUCUGACAAGCAGCUUGUUUUCAAUGAGAUGUUCCGUCUCCUUAAGCCGGGUGGCCGAGUUGCCAUCAGUGACAUUCUUGCUAAAAAGCCGCUUCCUUCCAAAAUUCGCGAGAGCGUGGCUCUCUAUGUUGGCUGCAUUGCGGGUGCUAGUCAGGUUGGAGACUACGAGAAGUACCUUCGUAAGGCUGGCUUUAACGAAAUUCUCAUCGUUGACGCCAAAUCUGACCUUAACGUCUAUACGACUGCCAAAGAAGUUGGUCAGAACAAUGGCGGUUGCGGCACCCAGUCUAAGCCAGGGUGUUGCAGUGGAGGGAUACCCUCUCGCGAGCUGGAGUCCGAUGUUAAAGAUGUUGAUUUCAACGAAUGGGCAGGGGUCACAGGUUCCUUCAAGAUAUACGCUAUCAAGACAUGA